AUGUCAACUCCCCACUGUUCAUUCUCAUUACGAUAUGUCCUUGAGAAGGACAAAUUGAAUGGGUCAAACUUCCUUGAAUGGUAUCGAAACCUGAGAAUUGUUCUCAAACAGGAGAAAAAGGACUAUGUCCUAGAGAAGGUUCUUCCUGAAAAACCUAAGACCAAUGUCCAACAUGCUGAAAGAACUGCUUAUGAUAAGCAUGUCAGUGAUAGGGUCGAUGUGUGUUGUCUUAUGUUGGCAACCAUGAACUCAGAUUUGCAGAAGCAAUAUGAGAACGUGGAUUCACCAAUUGACAUGAUCACUAGCCUGAAAGGUAUGUUUCAGGAGCAAGCUCGAACUGAGAGAUACCAAACGGUUAAGUCUCUCAUUGAGUGCAAGCUACCAAUAGAUGGUCCAGUUAGUCCACAUGUCAUCAAGAUGAUGGGUUAUAUUGAUAACUUGGCUAAGUUGGAUUGUCCUAUCAGCCAAGAGUUGGCGACUGAUUUCAUUCUACAGUCAUUGCCGUCAAGCUAUGAUCAGUUUGUUAUGAACUACAACAUGAACAACUUGACAAAGACUUUGACUGAGUUGCAUGGGAUGCUUAAAACAGCUGAACCCAACAUCAAGAAGGAUACCCCAAAUGUUCUUAUGGUACAAGGGGGUAACAAGUUUAAGAAACAAGGUAAGAACAAAGGAAAGGGUAAGUCAGGCUGGAUUGCGAAUCCAAGCAAGCUUGAGCCUUCUCCUAAGUUUAAGUCGGGUCCUUCUAAUGUUGAUAAGUGCCAUUAUUGUAAUGGUUCUGGACAUUGA